CCAUGAGCCAGUAAAGCACUGAGCAAGUGUGAGGGUUUAAACUCCUGCUGAAUCAUAACCACUUGGCGCUGAGCUAUGACAAGAGAGGAAACAAAAAGUUAAGGAGCCAGCCUGCGGAAAGUGAGAAGUGAAGUUCCUUGAUAACAUGCUUUUGCGAAGCUCAGGAAAAUUAAGCGUGGGCACCAAGAAGGAGGCUGGCGAGAGCCCCGCCCCCACCCCUCGUCCCAAGGUCUUGCGAUGUAAAUGCCACCACCAUUGUCCUGAAGACUCCAUCAACAAUAUUUGCAGCACAGAUGGGUAUUGCUUCACCAUGAUCGAGGAGGAUGAUUCUGGAAUGCCUGUGGUCACUUCUGGAUGUCUAGGACUGGAAGGGUCAGAUUUUCAGUGUCGGGACACACCAAUUCCUCAUCAAAGAAGGUCAAUUGAGUGCUGCACAGAGAGGAAUGAAUGUAACAAAGACCUUCACCCCACACUGCCUCCACUGAAAACCAGAGAUUUUGUUGAUGGGCCUAUACACCACAAGGCCUUACUUAUAUCUGUAACUGUCUGCAGUCUGCUCUUGGUCCUUAUUAUUUUAUUCUGUUACUUCAGGUAUAAAAGACAAGAAGCCAGACCAAGGUACAGCAUUGGGUUGGAGCAGGAUGAGACUUAUAUUCCUCCAGGAGAGUCCCUGAGAGACUUAAUUGAGCAGUCUCAGAGCUCUGGAAGCGGAUCAGGCCUCCCUCUGCUGGUCCAAAGGACGAUAGCUAAGCAGAUUCAGAUGGUGAAACAGAUUGGAAAAGGUCGCUACGGAGAAGUGUGGAUGGGAAAGUGGCGUGGAGAAAAGGUAGCUGUGAAAGUAUUCUUCACCACUGAGGAGGCCAGCUGGUUCAGAGAGACAGAAAUAUACCAGACGGUGCUGAUGAGGCACGAAAACAUUCUGGGUUUCAUUGCUGCAGAUAUUAAAGGGACGGGGUCCUGGACCCAGCUGUAUCUGAUCACAGAUUACCAUGAAAAUGGUUCGCUAUAUGACUACCUGAAGUCCACCACUCUAGAUACUAAGUCCAUGCUGAAGUUAGCCUACUCUGCCGUCAGUGGCUUGUGUCACAUACACACAGAAAUCUUCAGUACCCAAGGCAAACCAGCAAUUGCCCACCGAGACCUGAAAAGUAAGAACAUCUUGGUGAAGAAAAAUGGGACUUGCUGUAUCGCUGACCUGGGCCUGGCUGUUAAAUUUAUUAGUGACACAAAUGAAGUUGACAUCCCACCCAACACCAGAGUUGGUACCAAGCGUUAUAUGCCUCCGGAAGUGCUGGAUGAGUGCUUGAACAGAAAUCACUUCCAGUCUUACAUCAUGGCCGACAUGUACAGUUUUGGACUCAUCCUGUGGGAGGUGGCUAGGAGAUGUGUUUCAGGAGGUAUAGUAGAAGAGUACCAGCUUCCCUAUCAUGACGUGGUACCCAGUGACCCCUCUUACGAGGACAUGAGAGAGAUCGUGUGCAUCAAGAAGCUACGCCCCUCCUUCCCUAACCGCUGGAGUAGUGAUGAGUGUCUGAGGCAGAUGGGGAAACUGAUGACGGAGUGCUGGGCUCACAACCCCGCUUCCAGGCUGACAGCUCUGCGGGUUAAGAAAACCCUGGCCAAAAUGUCAGAGUCCCAGGACAUUAAGCUCUGACGUGAGAGGAGGAAGCAUCUCGGUAGAAGACCAACAGAUAACUCUCUGCUUGUGAGCAGAGC